AUGAACUUCUCCUGUUUCCUCCUGCUCGUGGCUGCGACGGUUGGUGACAGUGCUGGUCGUUCCACAGCGUCAGAAGAACCGGUCGUGGCGGCAUCGCUUGACUCCAAGCACUCCUUCAAGAACGACACUCUUCACGAGGCAGCCAGUAAGCGAUCAGGCAAAGAGGAGAGGGGUUUUCAACGCCUUCUUGCGAAGAUCGGAGGUGCACAGCAAAGCGAAACGAAGGGACUUAUGCAAUUAGUGGAGUCUGGCUAUCCCAUCACUUUUAAACAAGAGCUAGGGCUCAUUGCGCAACUCGCGCUAUCCACCGAGCGUAUCAAAGUUGCAAAGUCGACGAAGCCCGCUGGACGACUCGCGACAUCUGUCCAUCCUGUCAAUGGUGAAAGCGACGAGAAGCUCGUCAAGCAACUCGCGACAAUCGGUGCUCCUAUCGACGGUAAAAGCGACACGGAGUUCAUCAAGCGCCUCUCGACAUCCGACCUUCCUAUGGAUGGUGCAAGCGACGCGGAGCUCCUUCUGAAAUAUGGGAUAAUCGACCAGUUUGUUCGUGCAAGCAAGGAAGCCACUGCUUCCUUACACACUAGCAAAAUCGGUGCUGUCUUCCACGAGCUAGGGCUCGAUGCUUUCAAGGUACCAGAAAAACUUGGCCCCAAGAACGAGUUGGUGGUUGAGUUUUUUUCAAGCAACAAGUUUAGGGCUUGGCUGUGGUAUGCCAGCAGGGUGCAUCCGGAAGAUGAAUGGAUCACGUAUCUUGCCAAUGUUUACACCAACAAGAUACUGGCGACGUUCAUACUCGAGUUGCGUGGCACACGGCGUGGAGACGACGUUGCCCGACUGCUGGAAGGUGCACUAUUUGAUUCGUGGUAUUACCACAAGGUGUCACCGACCGAGCUGUCUGAGCACAUAUUGGGACUAAAAGACGGUAUAAAGAGCAAGUCAUUUCCCGAGUGGAAUAUCCUUGAUCACUACUUUAAGUAUCGAUACCAGACGCAUCACAAAAAAGAAGAUCAAGCGGACGGGUGGUAG